AAUGCCCUCUGACUCAUGCUUGCAUUGAAGACAGGGACGUGGCUGUUAGCUGGCUCUUUGUAAGAGGCAUGAAGAUGGAACACUGACUUGUUUGAAAGCCAAAGAAGUAAAGGAUCAAGGAUGGCUAGCCUGACACAACAUCAACCAAAGGGGGUUAAUGGAGGUAGCAGCCGCAUAGCAGCCGUCAAUGUCACACCUUCUAAUAACCUUUCUACACCAUCUCAUCAUGAUGCCUCCUCAAAUCAUCAGAAACCUGGGUGGAAAAAGUUCCUGUCAUAUGUAGGUCCUGGCUUUCUGGUCUCCUUGGCUUACCUUGAUCCUGGAAACAUGGAAACUGAUCUUCAAGCUGGAGCUGACCACAAAUAUGAGCUGCUGUGGGUAAUACUUAUUGGACUGGUGUUUGCGCUUAUAAUUCAAUCAUUGGCUGCGAAUCUCGGCGUAACCACUGGCAAACACCUUUCAGAAUUAUGUAAAGCUGAAUACCCAUUAUUGGUCAAGUACUGCUUAUGGUUAUUAGCUGAGCUGGCUGUCAUAGCUGCAGACAUACCUGAAGUGAUUGGCACGGCCUUUGCUUUGAACAUACUCUUCCACAUCCCUGUAUGGGCAGGAGUUCUAAUAACUGGCUGCAGCACCCUCUUAUUUCUUGGUCUGCAGAGAUUUGGGGUAAGGAAGUUAGAGCUGUUGAUAUCAAUCCUAGUUUUUGUAAUGGCUGGAUGUUUCUUUGGGGAAAUGAGCUAUGUAAAACCUCCUGCAUCUGGUGUAUUGAAAGGAAUGUUUGUGCCUAAACUCAGUGGUCAAGGAGCCACAGGCGAUGCUAUUGCCCUUUUGGGUGCACUUGUCAUGCCGCACAAUCUUUUCCUCCAUUCUGCUCUGGUGCUGUCUAGAAAAGUACCCAGUUCCGUGCGUGGCAUCAAUGAUGCAUGUAGAUACUUUCUCAUGGAAAGUGGAUUCGCACUGUUUGUGGCAUUUCUGAUCAAUGUUGCAAUGAUUUCUGUGGCUGGAACUGUUUGCUCUGCCGACAAUCUUUCUGCAGAAAAUGCUGAUCAAUGCAGCGAUCUUACCCUUAACUCUGCUUCCUUCCUUCUCAAGAAUGUUUUGGGACGGUCGAGCUCAACCAUUUAUGCCAUAGCACUGCUCGCCUCAGGACAAAGUUCGGCUAUCACUGGAACCUAUGCAGGGCAAUACAUCAUGCAGGGUUUCUUGGACAUGAGGAUGAAAAGAUGGAUUAGAAAUUUUGUGACUAGGUGCAUUGCCAUAGCACCUAGUCUUAUUGUUUCCAUCAUUGGUGGUUCUCAAGGGGCUGGUCGGCUUAUCAUCAUCGCAUCGAUGAUACUUUCAUUCGAGCUCCCAUUCGCAUUAAUUCCACUCCUUAAGUUCAGCAGCAGCAGUACCAAGAUGGGACCUCACAAGAAUUCUAUAAUUAUCAUUGUCAUCUCUUGGAUCCUAGGCUUGGGGAUCAUUGGUAUCAACGUGUACUACCUAUCCACCGCCUUCGUGGGUUGGCUAAUUCAUAGCAGUCUACCAAAGGUGGCAAAUGUGUUCAUAGGGAUCAUAGUGUUUCCUCUAAUGGCACUAUAUGUUGCUGCAGUAAUCUACCUAACCUUCAGAAAAGACACUGUUAAGACAUAUAUUGAGACAAAGAAUGAACCAGCAAUGCAAACCCACAUGGAAAAGGGGUUUAUGGCUAAUGGUCAAUUAGAGUUGAGUCAAGUUCCCUACAGAGAAGAUUUGGCUGAUAUCCCACUACCACAAUAGGGUACCAGCUGGUCUAUAAAUUAAAUGCAUCACCAAAAGGGGUUUUUCUUUCAAGUCAUUCUAAAAGUGAAUGUAAUGUUAGGACCUUGAGAAUUCUCCUCUCGAGUUGUCACCCAUGUGUUUGUUGUGCGUACUACAUACAUAACUACUAUAUAAGUUUUAUGGUUAUUAUGUUAUAGCAAAAUUUAUAAGAACCAUUUCAGUGUAAACCCCAUAGUUUACUGGUCUUGAAAAAUUUUGAAUAAUAAAACCCCAAUAGUAAGUAGUUUUGUCAUUUUCUACGUUGUAAAUGAAGGCAUGACUGAAGAUAAGAUCUUACAGUCUGUACUUGUUGUAUUACAUCCAUUUUGUCUGAGUAAAUGAAUUGUGUUCCUCUCUUCUGUUUUUAAUCC